AAAGUGUAAUUUAGUGAAGAUCUGUGUACUUUCCACAUUUUCUUACUUCAUCUGUACCAAUCUACGGCCGUUACAAAUCCGGCAAAAGAAAGAGACGGCAAUUAAGAAAAAAAUAAAUUAAAAAAAAUAAUUAAAAAAAAAAUCCCCCUUUUCCCUCUCACUUUCCGAUCAACUACACUCUAGGGUUUCCCCUCUCUUUACCAAGUCACCGAUUAAUGGUAGAAACCGGUGCAGGUGGCGGUCCGGUACCGGAUUCCGGGUCAAAACCCUCGUCCUCAUACGAAUCAUCCGGUGACCGUCUUCGAUUUACGGUGGAGCUCCGGCCCGGAGAAACGACUAUUGUUUCCUGGAGAAAGCUUCUGAAAGAGGCCACUUCGAAUAAGCCCAAUGCGCCUGGCCCGUCGAUUUCUCGCCCACCUACGGAAAUCCGUCAGCAGCCGGUUUCUCAGCCCCAGCUUCCGCCUCCUGCGGCGGCGGCGGCGGUGUCGAAGAAACCGGCGGAAGAUGAAGUGAAUGAUCCGCUAGCUCAGCCCAACCGUUUGAGUACUGUGAUUGAGAGAAUCGAACGAAUGUACGCGGGUGAUGGAAGUAGCGAAGAAGAAGAUGUUAUUCUAGAUGACGUGCCUGAUGAUGAUGAGUAUGAUACAGAAGAUUCUUUCAUUGACGAUGCUGAGUUGGACGAUUAUUUCCAGGUUGAUAACUCGGAAAUAAAGCAUGAUGGUUUUUUCGUUAAUCGUGGGAAGUUGGAGCGAGUUGAAACUGCCAUACCCACACACCAGCAGCCAAAGAAAAGGAGACGUAAAGAUGUCGCAAAAGGUCAAGGUGGGGAUGAUGAUUCACAUACUCCAAAUAAACACCUGAAAAUAGAGAACAAAGGUAGAAAAGCAACAUCCUCGUUUGAAAGAAAUUCAACUAGUCAGUCGCUCAGAGUGGCUGCGGCAAGUGUACAAAGUUCGGAUGCUGCUGAAGUUUCGUUAAAAAAGAAAAAUGCAGAUUCACAAAUUACAAUGGAUCCUUUGGCACUGUCAAAAGCUGAUGGUGUCCGGCAGGAUAAGGAUUCACAAAGCCAUAAUCACAAACUGAAAGAAAGUAGUGAACCUCAAGAAACUUCCGGUCAGAGGUCAAAUGAUAAAAGCUCGCACGUAAGCAAAUCUCACUCGGGAAAACAAGUAAAUAAUGCCGGCGAGCUGGAUCUUGCUACUCAAAGAAAGGAAAAAAGUGGACUCGUUGAAAGAUUCGAUCUUAAUGUUCCUGCAAGCAGGGACUCCUCGCAAACAACAAAGGUUCCCCUCGUGCCGAAGAAAGAAGGAUCUAGUGUUAGGCCCAAAACCACAAUGCUGGACAAGGCCAUUAGAGAGUUAGAGAAGAUAGUUGCUGAAUCUAGACCGCCUUCAACAGAGGUCCAGGAUGCAGAUAGUUCUCAGUCAGUCAAAAGAAGAUUGCCACCAGAAAUAAAGCAGAAGCUGGCUAAAGUUGCUAGAUUAGCGCAAGCCGUCUAUGGAAAAAUUCCAAUGGAUGUGAUAGAUCGUCUGAUGAGCAUUGUUGGCCACCUGAUGCAAUUAAGGACACUUAAGAGAAAUAUCAAAGUUAUGGCUACUUUGGGAUUGUCAGCUAAGCAAGAGAAGGAUGAUCGGCUGCAGAAGAUAAAACAAGAAGUUGUCGAGAUGGUUAGGCAGCGGGUUCAACACAUGAAAUCCAAAGUUGAGCAACAAACUACAAAUACAGACGAUUUUGAAGAAGCUGGCCCAGAAGAAAAAGGGGCCUUGAAACGAAAAUAUAGCAUUGAUGAUGCAUUGGAGAAUAAAAUUUGCGACUUAUAUGACCUAUAUGUUGAGAGACUAGAUGAAGAUUCAGGCCCACCAGUCAGAAAGCUGUACGAAGAGCUUGCAGCACUGUGGCCUAGUGGAGCCAUGGAUACUGAUGGAAUUAAACGAGCAAUAUCUAAAGCCAAAGACAGAAGGAGGGCAUUAUCUGGUCGACGCAAGGAUGAAGAGAAAAUGAAGAACAAGAAGUUGUUGGCACAAAAAACAGAGGAUACGAUUAAAAAGGAAGUCAUUAAUGUCAAUCCAGCACUUCACAUUCACGAGAAAGACGCUUCAACAUUGCCGAGCAAGCCAGUUCAGAGUGCUACUCGAGUUCCUCUGCCCUCAGCCAAUGUGCCCAACACGGACAAACCAAAGCAAGAAAAAGCAAAACGGAGCCCCAAUAGCAAUAAUAACCCCGUUGAUGCUGACGUGGCAACGGAUGCAUUACCCAAAAAGAAAAUGAAAAGAAAGGCAAGUACAGAUAUUGUUGAAGUUCAAUUUCACUCGGAGAAGGCUUCGGUUUCGCAGGCUGAGGAAAGAGAGAGACACAAGUAUGUGUCUUGAUUUACUUUACUUUUCGAUUUCCAUUUCCGGUGUGGAGUUAAUUCAAAUGCGUAAAUUUUUGUAUUUGUUGUCAACAUGUAUUUUGAUUUUUAAUACUAUAGGAGUAGGUUAGUUGAAAAACUUGCUGAAAUACAUAAUUCAGUGUUCUUUUCAUUGCUUGAAGUUAUACUGUAUAAUGUAUAUAUAUCAACUGGAUUUGUGGUAAUAUUUUUAUUUUUUUUUAAUAAUC